UGAACCUUCAAGCUUAUGGUUAUAAGGUGCUCUUUUUCUAUUAGACCAAGCUUAGCUUAAUAGCUUGUAUUGUAUUAUGAAAGUGAUUUAAAUUGUUUCCUUUUAUUUUUUUCUUCACAUUUAUUGAUAAGUUUUUAUAGAUAAGUAAUAUGAAUUUUUCUAGGCACACUUUGCUAAUUUUUUUUUUAAGGUCAUUUUAAUGAGUACAAAUACAAACAACGUAACAUAAAUGACAAAUCUAACUUUAGGUAUACCCGAAAAUAAGUAAAUAACUGAUGUUCCUAACUUCAUAUGGAGUGUAGUCUGUAGUGUACUUUCAUUUAUAAAAAAAUUAAGGAAAAAUUGCUCGGAAUAAUCCGACCUUUAGCUCAUCCGCCAAAAAUAAUCCCACCUUUCGAUUAUUUUUUAAUAAUCCGACCUUUAUACCUCUUCCGCUUUAAAUGGUCCCUACCGGUCAUCCAACCUGUUAUUACAAGUUGCUAGACACGUGUCGGCCUAUAAUUGGUCUAAUUUUUUUUUAAAAAAAAACUUUAAAAAAUAGAAAAAAAAUAUUAAAAACCCACAAACCCUCUGGCAGUUCAGCCACCGCCCUCUACCCAUUCCGACCACCAUAUCCCUUCCCCUCCCUGUUUUCGGCCACCAAAUCCCCUCUCCUUCCCCUCCCAGUUUCCGGCCGACACCAAUCCCAGCACUAGCCUGCAACACCACCAAAACAGCAACGAUACUCCUGCUGUUACUCCUUCGCAAACGCACCACCCAAUCAGUCCCAAAAUCGAUAACACCAAACGAACCACCCAAAAUCAGCCCCAAAAACGCACCAUCCAAUCAGCCCCAAAAUCGCAAACACCAAACGCACCACCCAAAAUUGCAAACACACCGCAUCACCCAAAUCGCAAACAGGGACGGUUUCGGUGGUUGGGAUGGGUAGAGGAGGAGAUUUCGGUGCUUAGGCUGUGUAGAAGAGGAGAUUUUGGUGGUUGGGCUGUGUAGAGGAGGAGAUUCCGGUGGCCGGGCUGUGUAGGGGAGGUGGUUUCGUUGGGGUCUGCCGCAGAGGGGUGGUAGCCGUGGUUUUUUUUUUGUUUAACUUUUCAAUAUUUUUUAAUUAAUUUUUUAUUUCUCUUUGGUCCAAUCACGUGGUGACACUGUGCAAACAAUCCAAAGUUACAAAUUGUAACCUUUUUAGUCGGUUUCAAGUCAUUUGGGACUAUUAGGAGCAUAUUGAGUAUAAAAGUCGGAUUAUUAAAAAAUAAUCGAAAUGUGGAAUUAUUUUGGCGGAUAAGGCAAAGGUCGGAUUAUUCCGACAAUUUUUCCAAAAAUUAAUGCCGAGUAACGGAAUAUAGAAAUUUGAAUCGAAAAAAAACCUGACAGACAGACGUUAAAAUUCAAAAAAUCAAAAGGCAAGGCGCGGCCGUCAAUGGUUGCUCAGUCCCUUCACUCUCUCUUUCUGUUUAUCAAAUCAAACAAUCAUUCAAAAUUAAACCAUGGAUUCCAAAGAUAAUUGUCGAAAUGAACUCCGAAUUGCAAUUCGUCAACUCACUAAUCGCGGUCUCUAUUCCCCUUCCAGAUGGGCAGCUGAACAAUUGCUAGGUAUUGAGCAAGACCCUGCAAAGUUUACACCUUCUCAUACUCGAUUUCAACGAGGUAGCUCUAGCAUUCGUCGUAGAUUUAAAACCCAUGACCCUACUUCAACGCCUAGUCCUAGUGUUUCCUUUGUCUCUACACCAAUGCCAGAGGAGGAUGAUGAUGUUGUGGAUAGUGAUUUCUACCUUUUGGCCAAGUCGUACUUCGACUGUAAGGAAUUCCGGAGAGCUGCCCAUGUACUUCGAGACCAGGUUGGACGGAAAGCUGUGUUCUUGCGAUGUUAUGCCUUGUACUUGGCAGGGGAGAAGCGGAAGGAAGAAGAGAUAAUAGAGCUGGAGGGGCCUUUAGGGAAAAGUAAUGUUGUGAAUUGCGAAUUGGUUUCCCUUGAAAGGGAACUAUCCACACUGCGGAAAAGAGGUGUUCUGGAUCCAUUUGGGAUGUACUUGUAUGGUCUAGUGUUAAAAGACAAGGGAAAUGAGAACCUUGCUCGUGCUAUCCUCGUGGAGUCUGUAAAUAGCUAUCCAUGGAAUUGGAAUGCAUGGUUGGCAUUGCAAUCACUCUGCACCACCGUUGACAUGUUAAACAGUCUUAAUCUCAAUAACCAUUGGAUGAAAGACUUCUUUCUUGCUAAAGCUUAUGAAGAACUCAGGAUGCACAAGGAAUCCUUGGAUAAAUACGAGCAGCUCCAGAAAACAUUUUCAUUUAGCAGCUACAUACAAUCUCGGAUGGCUAAUGUGCAGUAUCAUUUAAGAGAAUUUGAACAGGUAGAAGUCAUCUUUGAGGAGUUAUUAAGAAAUGAUCCAUACCGAAUUGAAGACAUGGACAUGUUUUCUAAUGUGCUUUAUGCUAAGGAAGCGUUCUCAUCCCUCAGCUACCUAGCCCAUAACGUAUUCUUGACUGACAAAUAUCGACCUCAAUCAUGUUGCAUCAUUGGUAAUUAUUACAGUUCCAAGGGCCAACAUGAGAAAUCAGUUUUGUAUUUCAGGAGGGCUCUCAAGUUGGACAAAAAUUAUUUAUCUGCCUGGACUCUAAUGGGCCAUGAGUAUGUUGAGAUGCAGAACACAGCAGCCGCAGUGGAUGCCUAUCGUAGGGCUGUUGACAUAAAUCCAUGUGAUUAUAGAGCGUGGUAUGGUUUAGGGCAAGCCUAUGAAAUGAUGGUAAUGCCUCAUUACGCUCUAUAUUAUUUCAAAAAAUCUGUUUUCCUGCAGCCAAAUGAUCCGAGGUUGUGGAUUGCGAUGGCUCAUUGUUAUGAGAGUGACCAUCUACGUAUGUUUGAAGAAGCAAUCAAAUGUUAUAAACGAGCUGCAAAUCGCCAAGACACUGAGGCAAUUGCUAUAAACAGACUGGCGAAACUAUAUGAUCAGCAAGGGCAGCAUGCAGAGGCUGCAUUUUACUACAAGAAAGAUUUAGACAGAAUGGAGGCAGAUGAAAGGGAAGGACCAAACUUAGUUGAUGCUUUGAUGUUUCUUGCUAAAUAUUAUAGAGCCCAGAAAAGAUUUGAAGAGGCAGAGAUCUAUUGUACCCGAUUGUUGGAUUACACAGGACCUGAAAAGGAAACAGCAAAGAGUUUACUUAGAUCUAUGAAAAUGGCGCAAUCUGGUUUCCCGUCCAUGGAUGUUGAGCAUUUUCCACCACACGGCUCUCAUUCCUGAAUGCAGACUGCGUAUGUAUGUUGGCAAAGCUUCUUUUGCUGUACACAAUCAUUCUGUAUAUGCAUGGAGUAAUUUAAUUCAUGGUAGAUGGAAUCUUACAAUUGAAUUUUGUAAUUUGUAGUCUAUAGAAGUAGCUUAGUCUAUAGAAGUAGCUUUAUUAGGACCUUAACAUUAUUUGGACAGUUUAAUUAUGAUAUUUUCUUCUUCCUCAUCCCCAAGGCUGGGAGUCAAAGUUUGGAUCUACUUCAUUGACUUCAAAGUCAGAGGAUCUCAAGUGUCUGAAAAAAAUCUCUCAAAGAAUUAUAUGAAUAGUAAAAAAAAAAAUGGAGGGAGUAACAGCUUUUGUGAAUUUGUGUGGCUUCUAAAGUCUAUUACAUUUGGAAAAAAAAAUAGUUGAGAAGAUUAAGUUUAUUGAAGAUGGUUUGACAAAUUAUUAUCUGUUGAUUUAGCAAAGAGUGUAUUUGGUGAAGGUAAAAAGUAACUGUUGUUUUUGGUCAAAUCGUCUUUCUGAAUGCUAUUUCCCCUCCCCAGCCCCCUCUCAAACACACACACAAACCCAAAAAAAAAAAAAAAAAAAAAAAAAG